ACGCAGUAACUCCUCCCUCACAUCCACACAUCAUGUUCUCCUCCAGGAUAUCGCGAAGCUUCCUCACGCGGGCAACUCCUGCUAUCCGCCGCACCCCAGCCAUCAGAUCUCCUUUGACCUCAUCAUGGGUGCGAGGAUACGCCGAGGAGGGUGGCGAGAAGGUCAAGGGCUCUGUCAUCGGUAUUGAUUUGGGUACCACCAACUCUGCCGUUGCCGUCAUGGAGGGCAAGACUCCUCGCAUCAUCGAGAACUCUGAGGGUACCCGAACCACUCCCUCCGUCGUCGGUUUCACCAAGGAGGGCGAGCGUCUCGUUGGUAUCGCCGCUAAGCGACAGGCUGUUGUGAACCCAGAGAACACUCUCUUCGCCACCAAGCGUCUCAUCGGCCGCAAGUUCACCGACGCUGAGGUCCAGCGUGACAUCCAGCAGGUCCCCUACAAGAUCGUCCAGCACAGCAACGGCGAUGCCUGGCUCGAGGCUCACGGCCAGAAGUACUCUCCUUCUCAAGUCGGUGGUUUCGUCCUCGGCAAGAUGAAGGAGACCGCUGAGGCCUACAUGGGCAAGAACAUCAAGAACGCCGUCGUCACCGUCCCUGCCUACUUCAACGACUCUCAGCGUCAGGCUACCAAGGACGCUGGUCAGAUUGCUGGUCUCAACGUCCUCCGUGUCGUCAAUGAGCCCACUGCUGCCGCUCUUGCCUACGGUCUUGACAAGGCCACCGACAACAUCAUUGCUGUAUACGAUCUUGGAGGUGGUACUUUCGAUAUCUCCAUCCUUGAGAUCCAGAACGGUGUCUUUGAGGUCAAGUCCACCAACGGUGACACCCAUCUCGGUGGUGAGGAUUUCGAUAUCACCCUUGUCCGCCACCUCGUCCAGCAGUUCAAGAAGGAGCAAGGUAUCGAUCUGAGCAACGACCGCAUGGCUAUCCAGCGUAUCCGUGAGGCCGCCGAGAAGGCCAAGAUUGAGCUUUCUUCUUCCACUCAGACUGACAUCAACUUGCCUUUCAUCACUGCCGACGCCUCUGGACCUAAGCACAUCAACUCCAAGUUCUCCCGUGCCCAGCUCGAGAAGUUGGUUGAUCCCCUGAUCUCCAAGACCGUUGACCCCGUCCGCAAGGCCCUCAAGGAUGCCAACCUCCAGGCCAAGGACAUCCAGGAGGUCAUCCUCGUCGGUGGUAUGACCCGUAUGCCCAAGGUUACUGAGUCCGUCAAGAGCAUCUUCGGCCGUGACCCCGCCAAGUCUGUCAACCCUGACGAGGCUGUUGCCAUGGGUGCCGCCAUCCAGGGUGCCGUCCUUGCUGGUGAGGUUACUGACCUCUUGCUCCUCGAUGUUACUCCUCUUUCCCUCGGUAUCGAGACCCUCGGCGGUGUUUUCACCCGUUUGAUCAACCGUAACACCACCAUCCCCACCAAGAAGUCCCAGGUCUUCUCCACCGCCGCUGACUUCCAGUCCGCUGUCGAGAUCAAGGUCUACCAGGGUGAGCGUGAGCUCGUCCGUGACAACAAGCUGCUCGGAAACUUCCAGCUUGUCGGUAUUCCCCCGGCUCACCGUGGUGUUCCCCAGAUCGAGGUCACCUUCGACAUUGAUGCCGAUUCCAUCGUGCACGUUCACGCCAAGGACAAGUCCACCAACAAGGAUCAGUCCAUCACCAUUGCCUCCGGAUCUGGUCUCUCCGAUGCCGAGAUCCAGAACAUGGUCGACGAUGCUGAGCGCUACGGCGAGCAGGACAAGGAGCGCAAGAACGCCAUUGAGGCUGCCAACCGUGCCGACAGCGUUGUCAACGACACCGAGAAGGCCUUGAAGGAGUUCGAGGACCGUCUCGACAAGACCGAGGCCGAGAAGAUCAAGGAGAAGAUCGCUUCCAUCCGCGAGUUCAUCUCCCAGAGCCAGUCUGGCGAGGGUACCGCCACUGCCGCCGAGAUCAAGGAGAAGACCGACGAGCUCCAGAACGCCAGCUUGAGCCUCUUCGACCAGAUGCACAAGGCCAGGUCCGAGUCCCAGAACCAGGGCGAGCAGCAGCAACAGCAGCAGCAGCCUGGUGAGGGUGAGAAGAAGGAGUAAACUCCUUGACUCUCUAACUCUGUCCUCGUUCUUUGUUUUCAAAUACUUUUUCUGGCAAAAAGCAGGCGUCCUGAAUUGCGGGUUGCAUAAUGGUCUUCGGGUCGGGUCUUUCUAGACGUAUGUGUGUGUAACUAUUCCAUUGUAACUAUACCUCCUUUCCACGCCAAUUUUCUCUUUUCCGACGACGCCUCUCCCACGACACAUCAUCUGUCUUACUACCUACGACAAAUCCAUGCAAUUGUUGCUUGGCCAUUUGUUAUCGAUACCACGAAUUGGAAAAAAGAGGAGGAAGAAAGUGGACGAAGUAGUAGUAGUCUCUGGGAGAAGGAGGAAGAAAUAACUGUACUAUAUAGUGGUGUGGUCAACGCCGAGAUGAUAAUGUCAAACACUUCUUGUUCUCCGCUCUUGAAAGCG